CGCCUGUUGGCCCUGUUGUUGAGGAGGAUCCUACGUGCACAGAACCGGGCAGCUUGCCUCAGCCUGCACCAUUAGAUGUAGCAACGCCCAGCCCAUCUACACCAGUGGAUGCUAGUGGUGGAAGCAGUUUGGCACCUUUAAGGGCGUGCAUUUCUGGCACCUCCUGCCCUUCUUGUUCGCCAUUCAAGAGAUCAACCAGAAUCCUCUACUCUUACCCAACAUCACUCUUGGUUACAACAUCUAUGAGAAUUAUUUCAAUGCAAGAAUGACAUAUGAUGCCACGAUAGACUUGCUGUCCUCUGGUAGGAAUGUUCCAAACUACAUCUGUGGAAAAAGCAAUUGCUUGGUGGCUGUUCUCGAAGGGGCUGACUCAGAAAUCUCCAGUCAGAUUUCAACCUUGUUGAGCAUCUACAAAACGCCACAGGUCAGUUAUAGUUCUGUUGAUGGUGCUCUAACAGAUAAAACUCAAUUUCCUUUUUUCUACCGUCUGGUCCCCAAACAAGAGCUUCCUUACCUAGGGAUUGUUAAGCUACUCCUGCAUUUCAAGUGGACAUGGAUAGGCCUCCUUGCUCCAGACAGUGACCAUGGACAAAGGUUCUUGAGGACUUUCAUGCCUGUGAUAAUAAGGAAUGGUCUUUGUGUCGCCUUUUCAGAAAAAAUUCCAAGGAUGGAUAGGGUCAAACGAAACAUUGUUGACAAGUUUUCAAUUCUAGUACAGAGGCAAGCCAAUGUUAUUGUUUAUCACAUAGAUACUGGGGCUGCAUAUAUUCUAGCAGGACUAAUGAAAGGAGCUGAAAAUACUGAAAGUGAAAUUCUUGGGAAAGUUUGGAUUGCAACAAUUUUGGAGGACCUCAGCUUCAGAUUUUUUUACAGACUAGCUGAUAUCCAGCACAUCCAUGGUUCUUUCUCCUUCUCAAUCCACACACAAGAAGGGACACAAUAUGACAAUUUUGCCCCAUUGUUAUCGGCCAUCAUGGAGUAUGGAGAGAAAGCAUUUCAUUGUUUAUAUUCGAAACCUCUAUUGUCUGUGAAAGGCAAGCUAAGAUGCACUCAGAGAGAGGCACUGGAGACCUUGCCCCAGGAUGUAGCUGAAAGCAUUUUGUCUCAGGACAGCUACAGUAUUUACAAUACUGUCCAGGCUGUGGCACGUACUCUCAAUGAUGCCUACUCAUCCAGACGGAGUCACAGAAUGAUGACAGACAGGCUGGGACAGCAAAUUGCAGAACCUUGGAAGCUUCAUCCGUUCCUGAGACGUCUCCAGUUUUACAAUAUUAGCAAUAAAAGCAUUUACUUUGAUGAGAACGGGGUCCUGUCAGCUGAUUUUGAUAUUAUGAAUGCUGUGGCAUUUCCCAACAAGUCCAUUGCUAGAGUGAAAGUUGGGAGCCUAGAAAGACAGGCCUCCUCAGAGAUCAAGUUAACCAUUGACCAGAAUGCCAUUGUGUGGCCCAGGUGGUUUAACCAGACCCUGCCUCAUUCCCGAUGUACAGAAAGCUGCCGCCCUGGAUACGUCAAGGUGAUGAAAGAAGGAGAGCCAGUUUGCUGCUAUGAUUGUGCUCCAUGCAAGGGAGGGACCAUCUCAACUCAGGAAGAUUCAGACGAUUGUAACAAGUGUCCAGAAGAUCAGCAUCCAAACAAGGACCAAGAUCAAUGUGUCCCCAAAGUUGUAACUUUCCUAUCCUACGAAAAACCUUUGGGGAUCACCCUAGCUUGCCUUGCACUGUUCUUUUCAUUAUGCACAGCACUUGUUUUAGGAAUCUUCAUUAAAUAUUUAGACACUCCAGUCGUCAAAGCCAACAACCGUGACCUCUCCUACAUGCUCCUGGUCUCCCUCCUGCUCUCCUUUUGGUCCACCUUUCUGUUCAUUGGUCAGCCCCGGAAAGUAACAUGCCUCCUACGACAAACUGCCUUCAGUAUCAUCUUCUCAUUUUCCAUCUCUUGUGUGUUUGCCAAAACCGUCACUGUGGUGUUGGCAUUCAUGGCCACCAAGCCAGGGAACAGGAUGAGGAAAUGGCUGGGGAAGAGUCUGGCCAACUCCAUUGUUUUGUCCUGUUCCAUUGUUCAAGUGGGCAUUUGUGCUAUCUGGCUGGGCAUCUUUCCCCCCUUCCCAGAGGCUGACAUGCACUCCCAGUCUGGGCAGAUCACCCUGCAAUGCAAUGAAGGGUCUGUCGUCAUGUUUUACACUUCCCUUGGCUACAUGGGCUUCCUAGCGGCCAUCUCUUUCAUGUUAGCUUUCCUAGCCAGGAAGCUGCCUGGAUCCUUCAACGAGGCCAAGUUGAUCACCUUCAGCAUGUUGGUCUUUUGCAGUGUUUGGGUGUCCUUUGUGCCCACCUACCUGAGCACCAAGGGGAAAUACAUGGUGGCUGUGCAGGUCUUCUCCAUCUUGGCCUCCAGUCUAGGGUUAUUGGGUUGCAUCUUCCUUCCUAAAUGCUACAUCAUUGUUCUGAGGCCUGAUCUGAAUAUGAAAGAGCACUUAAUGAUAAAAGCUAAGCAUGACACUAAGCAUCCUUCACUUUUUUAAAAAUUUUGGCAUUUCUUUGUCCAGCAUGGCUCUAAUAAAAUCAUGUAUUUCCCAUACGAGUGCACCCCCUCGCCCAGUCUGAGAUGCUGUUAGAAUAAGUCUUCCUUCUCUUUAUGUACUUUAGGAAAGUACCUGGUCAUGACUAGGGGUGUGUGGGUGUCCUUUGCGCCCACCUACCUGAGCACCAAGGGGAAAUACAUGGUGGCUGUGCAGGUCUUCUCCAUCUUGGCCUCCAGCCUGGGAUUACUGGGUUGCAUCUUUUCCCCCAAAUGCUGCAUCAUUGUACUAAGACCUAAUCUAAAUACAAAGGAGCAUCUGAUGAUGAAAACUAAACAUGGUGCCUGAUAUUUCCUGUGUUCAUUUUAAUAUUGUUUCAGUGCUUUGACUAGUAUGGCUGUAAUAAACAUAUAAACUGCCUUGGAAUAAUUUUAUGAAAGGUAGUAUAUAAAUCUGACAAUAAAGUAAAAGUAAAAUCAUCAUACUGGCAUUCUAAGUGACCUUCCCACUCCAAAAUGGGUUUACAAGUCUUUCUUUCACUUGCAAACAUUACAAAAAGCAUGAAGGAAAAAAACCAUGUGAAAUAGCAUCAGAAAGGCUGCAAAUUGUUUUGAUUUAUUGGUUUACAUUCCUCACUUCAUCAUAACCUGAUUCCAAAUAGAUUCAUAUUAAUGUGCCUAAUUGAAUUAAUGGACUAUUAUGUACUUGAUGCACAUGUUGUGUAGCCAGCUUUGUUUCCUUUCGUUAAGAACAUAAGGCCUUCUCUGUAGCCUCUCCUGGACUGUGGACUGUGGAAUGCACUCCCUACAGAAAUCUGUCAUUUGAACUCUUUAUUGGUUUUUAGGAGAGCUCUUAAGACCUAUCUGUUUGGCCUGGCCUUCCACGGUUUUUAAAUUGUUGUAAAGGGUUUUUAAGCUGUUUUAUUGUUUAACUGUUUUAUGGUAUUUUAUAACUUUUAAUUGUUGGUUGAUUUUAAUUGUUUUUGUUUUAUUUGUAAACUGCCCUGGGCCAAUUUUGGAAGGGCAGUAUAAAACCUGAAUAAAUAAAUUGAAUAAA